UUGGCCAGAACGGGCUCGUGGAGCACACUGUGAGUCUCGAUGAGACCGGCGCUAACGGAGGCAACCAGAAGGGCAACAAUGGCGACCUGUGAAAGGAACAAGGGAAACAAGGAAUGAAUUGGAAUUCAGCUCUUUGAACCAAAGUGAACUUACGUAUUUGAACAUUUUGUGUGUUGGGCUUGCUUGAACUUUAGCUCGUUUAGCUUUGAAUUGUGACUGAUGAUAUUUCGGGGGUCUGCAGUCGUGUUUAUAUAGAACGAGCACGGGUCGAGGAACACACGAGAGCCACAGCUGCGGCCUUCACAGCGACUCAGCAAUAAGUCCAGCGCCGAAUCCCCAAACCAAAGCCGAACUCAACUCGUUUGUCUUUAUUUCCGACAGCUGCAGCUACGAAGCAAAUGCAGGCACGACUCGAGCUCAGCUACGACUGCUGGUGCUGCUGCUGCUGUCUUAUCAGCAUCAAGGUAAACGACUUCUCUGGCUGAUAUGGAGGCCCUUAGCUAUAAAAGCGUUUCACACAGAACCCAACAGCAUCAGUUGACCCCGUCAUCUUCAGCGCAAGACAACCAUCAGUCCCAACAACAACUAAACUCAACAUGUUCAAAUACGUCGCCAUUGUUGCCCUUCUGGUUGCCUCCGUUAGCGCCGGUCUCAUCGAGACUCACAGUGUGAUCCACGAGCCCGUUCUGGCCAAGGUGGGCACCGUUGUCCACAGCGCUCCCUCGGCUGUCUCCCACCAGAGCAUCACCCAGGUCCACAGCAAGCCUGUCGUCCAGCACGUUGUUGCUCCCGUCCUGAAGACCACCAUCCACGCUGCUCCAGCUGUCCAUGCCGUCCAUGUUGCUCCUGCUGUGGUGCCAGUCGUGCACUCCGCUCCUCUGGUCAAGUCCGUGCUGCACACAGCUCCUCUGGCCUACACUCUGCAUCAUUAGGGAACUUUAGUGGACAUUGUUUUGUUAUGAUCAUAAAAAUAUGCAAAAUAAAUAAGAUAUUACAAAGU